AAGGCGCUUUCACACCUAUAAAGGGGACUGCAGGAAAAAAAUGUAUUUUAGUUGAAUUCAACCGUUUUUGCACACACAUCCCUCUAAAUGCAGUACUCAACAGUUUUUGCAAUAAGCUGUCUCUUCGCAGCAGCGUUCGUAUUCUCUCCAGUGUCGGCCAGAUGCCAUACCUGCAGCUCCAAUGGCGUUGCAUGUGCCAGUGAGAAUUCGUUCUAUAUCUGCUCAAAUAGACUCGCAGACACUUCGAAGACCUUCAAUUGUCCCGAUGGGAGCGUGUGCGUCGCCGAUGACAGUAAUAUUUGCUCGAAGGACGCGGUGGCAGACUGUGCCAAGGAACGUAACAUCUGUGGCGUCUGCGACGGCAGCAAGUUGUUCACCUGCCUCACUUCAACAACAUAUGCACAGUGUAACAGUACUUCGUUGUUGCGAAGUAUCAGUGGCAGCUGUCCCGCUGGAUUGACAUGUGAUUCAUCGAAUCCCGAAAUUUGUGUUGUUGGUGGAGCGGAGUGCUCGAGUUAAUGAAAUAAUGUGUUAAAAAAAACAAAAACAAGAUAUAGACCUAUUUCG